AUGCCUUUGAAGCGAAUUGAGAAAUAUGCGCGGGUGCGAAAUGGUUAUUCGCCAGUGAAGAGUGUCAAGAAAAUCCCUGUUACAUACAGAGAUCUGAUGGAACUGUUUUUAUCUGCUAAGACGAGCCUGACUCCCAUGAUUCUGAGUAAAAUGUCAGAGCUCUGCGGAACACGGGAUGCCGAUACUUUUGAACGCAAAUACGCUUUAUUCUUACUCCAACUCCGUGAAAAUGGCGAAGACGCAAUUGUGCAAUAUUUUGAAAGAAAUUGUGUACGCGUCGACUCCUUAGUGGAUCUGCUGAUAAAUAUUGUGUCCGCCAUGGAAGAGGGCAAGCGAAUAAAGAUGGCAAGGGGCCUUCGAGAAGGCUGCCAUAGGCUUUCCGGACAGCACAGAAGGCACAACAACGGCAUCAGGUUGUUUUGUGACGACGGCAUAACAUCAGAAAUAGAGAGUGUUGGAAAGUGGUUGAUUCAUGACAGGGAGCGUACAUACCGCAUCGAAGAAAAAGAAAACUCAUGCACCUGUGACAAAAUUCUGAACAACCACUGUUACAAAUGUGGCGCAUGUGGGUAUUCAUUCAGAUGCAGUUGUCUAGAUGAUAGUACCGUAGGAGUAUCCUGCAUUCAUGCGCAUAUCGCUUUAACUUACAGUGGUCAAGGACGGAGGGAAUACGAAGGACUGGAAUCCAAUGAUCGUAUGGCUGAAACGGCAACAAUACCAGCGCUAGGAAUUUUGGAACCAGAAGUUGAAACUUUGACGGCGGCAGAGGUCGAAACUUUGAUGUCACCUCCGCAAGCAAGUUCGGAAGCAGAAGUCGAGGGCGUAUCGAUGUCUAUGACGGAGAUUGCAGAUACAUGCAAAAAAUUAACUCAUACAAUCAAUGCCGUACGUUGCAUAUUAUUCGGAUAA